CUCACGAUUAUGGCCGAGGUUCGAAAGAUAUUUCAACACAGUAGUCUUGGAGUACGCGUGGACCUGGUGGUAUCGGACCUGGUUAUUCUCACAGGUGAAGAGGAAAAUCUGCAAGUAAGUCGCAAUUCAGAUACAACGAUGAGAAGUUUUGUGAAUGGCAAAGUGAACAGUUUGAUCGUGACGGCACCGACCACGACGUCGCAUUACUUUUGACAAGACUUAAUAUCUGCUCUGACCAAGACCACCCUUGUAAUACAGUAGGCAUGGCUUAUAUAUCGGGUAUGUGUCAAUCUCAACGUCGAUGCAGCAUUGCAGAAGACUCUGGUCUGGAUGUUGCUCUGACUGUUGCACAUGAACUGGGACACAAUUUAGGCAUGCGUCAUGACGGCUACGGGAACGAGUGCGCAGAACAAACACGUGACAUACCUCACGUGAUGUCAUCGACAACACUGAAGGCAAGCCAAAGAGGUUUAUCCCAAUGGUCAAAAUGUAGCAAGAGAAAGAUCCACUAUUUUCUAAGCACGUCAAACAGCAGGUGCCUUAGGGAGACUCAAAGUAAAAGAACUAUCCCUCUACCUAAAGACCUGCCUGGCGUGACAUUUACAGCAGAUGAACAAUGCCGUCAUCAAUAUGGCAACCUCGCCACACAAUGUCGACGAUAUCAGGUUCGUCUUUGUCGUGAGCUAUGGUGUGAGAUAGAAGAACAUUUCUGCAGAACUAGACUGAAUCCAGCUGCCUAUGGGACAAAAUGUGGAGAAGGAAAGUGGUGUAUGUAUGGAAAUUGCAUUUACAACAAAUCUGUCCUUGUGAAAAAAGAUGGAGGGUGGAGUUCAUGGGGAGUAUGGAGCGAAUGCUCCAGAUCAUGUGGUACUGGCGUAUCCACCAGAUAUAGGAGGUGUAAUAAUCCACGCCCAAAGAAUGGUGGACGAUUUUGCCAAGGGAAGCGAGAGAGACACAUAUUGUGCAAUCAACAUGCGUGUCCUCCCGAUUCAAAAGAAAUCAGAAGAGAGCAAUGCGAGUCGUACAAUGGGCAGAUGUAUAACGAUAUGUUUUACAACUGGAAACCUUUACUCAGUAAACACAAACCAUGUGCGUUGUAUUGCACACCUACAACAGAGGAAAGAUUCUCUGUUCGGUUUUCCAGCAAAGUUAUUGAUGGCACACCAUGCAUGCCUGGAGGAACAGACUUGUGCGUCAAUGGGAAAUGUCGAAGAGUUGGCUGCGACAAUAAGAUAGGUUCAAAUGCUAAAGAAGAUAUCUGUGGUGUGUGCAAAGGCAACGGAUCAACAUGUAGCAAGGGAGGACAUUUUAACCAACUUUCUGGAUCAGGAUAUGUAGAAGUUGCCGUUAUUCCAGUGGGUGCCAGAAAUGUCCAAGUCAUGGAAACGAAACCGUGUACCAGCUUUCUUGCUUUAAAAGGUAGAUAUGACACAUAUUACGUCAAUGGCAACUGGAAAAUCCAGCUACCAGGUCAAGUUGAUGUUGAAGGAACGAAAGUAAUAUACGAUCGCAAAGGCACUUGGGAGAGACUUAUUGCCAAGGGACCCACAACGGAACCAAUGCACGUGAUGGUAUUGUAUCAUGGCUACAACCUUGGUAUCAAGUACAAAUAUUCCAUGCCUUUACCUAACCAAACUCACGACAGACGUGCCGAAGAUAAACAAACGUCAGGCACAAGGAAAAUCAACUACGGCUGGAUCAGAAGAGGAUGGCAGAAAUGUAGCGUCGUAUGUGGAACAGGAAUUCAAAAAAGCAGUAGAGAAGAGUGCGUGAGAUUCCUAAAUGGUAAAAUAGAAAUUGCUAACGAAAGGUAUUGUCGUGGAGCGACGAAACCAAGACAAGAUAUUCGAGUGUGCAAUGAACAUCCUUGUCCAAUAUGGUGGUCGGUGACGAGGUGGUCAAAAUGCAGUCAUAAUUGUGGCUCAGGACGACAACAUCGACAGGUAUUUUGCAUGAGGCAGGCUCCCAAUGGAAGCAUUCAGAAAACGUCAACUCACAUGUGCACCAAAGACAAACCAUCAUCAAAACAAAAUUGCUAUCAAAGGAGUUGUAGUGUGAAGUGGAGAACGAAACCAUGGACAAAAUGCUACACGAUCUGUGGUAAGGGAUAUCGAUACCGAGAAGUCUACUGUCCACUUAAAGAUCUUUGUGAUUCAGCAAGUAAACCUGCAAGAAAGAAGACAUGUUACGGGGAAUCAUGUUUUAGCUGGAGAGCUGAGGACUGGAGCAACUGUUCCCGUUCGUGUGGCUAUGGUUAUCGACUACGGAGAGUGACAUGUGAACAUAAAUUGAGCAAAAAACAAGGAACGCAAUGCAAUCGUUCACGAAAGCCUUCAGUAAUACAGCUUUGCUUGAAUAGAUAUUGUAAUUAGGUGGAUAUCAUUUACACAAAAAAUGUACAAAGUGCUCCAAGCUAAACCCAAUGUUUGCAAUGAAGACAUAGUCUUGUCAGGAGAAAUGAGGAUGAUCUCCUUCAAUCUACCACGAAAAGACGUAGACGUAGAGAAAUGUUUAAAUAUUUAUGGCCUGCUCAAAGCCCCGUGUGAAAUGGCUUGCUUGAACACGAAAGUAGUGCCAUAACUUUUUUCCCUCGAAGCCGCUUUUUUCUUGUAGAAUCUGUGUACAUAAUAGUUGGUCUUAGAGGAAUUAUUUCAAGCGAAAUAAGUAAACAAGAUUUAAGCGGAAAAAUGAUUUAAAGAGAUAAUUUAAAAAAGAUGUACAGUCUACCUAAUGUACCGCAUGAUACAAAAAGUUUAUUUUAUUUUUGCUUCAUCUUACAAGAUAAUUCAUAGUUAUAUCAGAAAUAAAAUAUCAUUUAGUAAGACA